AUGGAUGCUUAUUCCACAAGACCAUUAACCCUAUCUCACGGUUCUUUAGAACACGUGCUUCUGGUGCCAACCGCUUCAUUUUUCGUUGCUUCGCAAUUACAAGAACAAUUUAAUAAGAUUUUACCCGAACCUACUGAAGGGUUUGCUGCAGAUGACGAGCCUACCACACCUGCUGAACUAGUGGGGAAAUUCCUUGGCUACGUAUCUUCUCUAGUCGAACCUUCCAAGGUUGGUCAAUUCGAUCAAGUCUUAAAUCUUUGCUUGACAGAAUUCGAAAACUGUUAUUUAGAAGGCAAUGACAUUCAUGCCUUGGCUGCUAAACUAUUACAGGAAAACGACACAACCUUAGUGAAGACCAAAGAACUAAUUAAAAACUAUAUUACCGCCAGAAUAAUGGCUAAGAGACCAUUUGACAAGAAAUCAAAUUCUGCUCUUUUUAAGGCCGUCGGCGAGGGUAACGCACAAUUGGUGGCCAUUUUUGGCGGUCAAGGUAACACCGACGACUACUUUGAAGAGUUGCGUGAUCUAUAUCAAACUUAUCAUGUCUUAGUGGGAGAUUUAAUCAAGUUCUCUGCUGAGACUUUGAGUGAACUGAUCAGAACCACUUUAGAUGCUGAAAAGGUCUUUACUCAAGGUCUAAACAUAUUGGAAUGGUUAGAGAACCCUUCAAAUACCCCAGACAAGGACUACUUACUUUCCAUUCCAAUCUCAUGUCCCUUGAUUGGUGUCAUUCAAUUAGCUCACUACGUCGUUACCGCUAAGCUUUUGGGUUUCACUCCAGGUGAGUUAAGAUCUUAUUUAAAAGGUGCUACAGGUCAUUCCCAAGGUUUGGUUACCGCUGUCGCCAUAGCUGAGACGGAGUCCUGGGAAUCCUUCUUCGUCUCCGUAAGAAAGGCAAUCACUGUAUUAUUCUUCAUCGGUGUUCGUUGUUACGAAGCAUAUCCAAACACUUCUUUGCCACCAUCCAUCUUGGAGGAUUCUUUGGAAAACAAUGAAGGUGUUCCAUCUCCAAUGUUGUCCAUUUCCAAUCUAACUCAAGAACAAGUUCAAGACUACGUAAAUAAGACUAACUCUCAUUUGCCGGCUGGUAAACAAGUUGAAAUUUCUUUAGUCAAUGGUGCCAAGAAUUUAGUCGUAUCAGGUCCACCACAGUCACUAUAUGGUUUGAACUUAACUUUAAGAAAGGCCAAGGCUCCAUCUGGACUGGAUCAAUCAAGAAUCCCAUUCAGUGAAAGAAAAUUGAAGUUCUCCAAUAGGUUCUUACCUGUUGCAUCACCAUUCCAUUCUCAUCUAUUGGUUCCAGCUUCAGAUUUGAUUAACAAAGACUUAGUUAAAAACAAUGUUAGCUUCAACGCCAAAGAUAUUCAAAUCCCAGUUUACGACACUUUUGACGGUUCAGAUCUAAGAGUUCUAUCAGGUUCCAUUUCAGAGAGAAUCGUCGACUGCAUCAUUAGAUUACCUGUCAAAUGGGAAACCACUACACAAUUCAAAGCCACCCACAUAUUAGAUUUUGGUCCAGGUGGUGCUUCCGGUCUAGGUGUUUUAACCCAUCGUAAUAAGGAUGGUACCGGUGUUCGUGUUAUCGUUGCUGGUACACUCGACAUCAACCCAGAAGAUGAUUACGGAUUCAAGCAAGAAAUCUUCGAUGUUACUAGCAAUGGUUUAAAGAAAAAUCCAAACUGGUUGGAAGAAUACCAUCCAAAAUUAAUCAAGAAUAAAUCUGGAAAAGUUUUUGUUGAAACGAAGUUUUCUAAAUUAAUCGGUAGACCUCCUUUAUUGGUUCCUGGUAUGACACCAUGUACUGUUUCACCAGAUUUCGUAGCUGCUACCACCAAUGCUGGUUAUACCAUUGAAUUGGCCGGGGGUGGUUACUUUUCUGCAGCAGGUAUGACUGCCGCUAUUGAUUCUGUGGUUUCUCAAAUAGAAAAGGGUAGCACCUUCGGUAUCAACUUGAUUUACGUCAAUCCAUUCAUGUUACAAUGGGGUAUUCCAUUAAUCAAAGAACUAAGGGGCAAAGGCUAUCCAAUUCAAUUCUUGACUAUUGGUGCCGGUGUCCCAUCAUUGGAAGUUGCUAGUGAAUACAUAGAAACAUUAGGUUUGAAGUACUUAGGUUUGAAACCAGGUUCCAUCGAUGCCAUUUCACAAGUUAUAAACAUUGCUAAAGCUCAUCCAAAUUUCCCAAUAGCUUUACAAUGGACUGGUGGUAGAGGUGGUGGUCAUCAUUCUUUCGAAGAUGCUCACACUCCAAUGUUGCAAAUGUACUCCAAGAUCAGAAGACAUCCAAACAUUAUGUUGAUAUUCGGUUCUGGUUUCGGUUCUGCUGAUGAUACUUACCCAUACUUAACUGGUGAAUGGUCCACAAAAUUCGAUUAUCCACCAAUGCCAUUCGAUGGUUUCCUAUUUGGUUCUAGAGUCAUGAUUGCGAAGGAAGUUAAAACUUCCCCUGAUGCCAAGAAGUGUAUUGCCGCCUGUACCGGUGUCCCUGAUGAUAAAUGGGAACAAACGUACAAAAAGCCAACCGGUGGUAUUGUGACUGUUCGCUCUGAAAUGGGUGAACCAAUUCAUAAAAUUGCUACACGUGGUGUUAUGCUUUGGAAGGAAUUUGACGAGACCAUUUUCAACUUACCAAAAACUAAAUUGGUGCCAACUUUGGAAGCAAAGAGAGAUUACAUUAUUUCAAGAUUGAAUGCUGAUUUCCAAAAGCCAUGGUUUGCUACAGUCAACGGUCAAGCUCGUGACCUGGCCACUAUGACAUAUGAAGAAGUUGCAAAGAGAUUGGUAGAAUUGAUGUUUAUCAGAUCUACCAACUCUUGGUUUGACGUUACUUGGAGAACCUUCACUGGUGAUUUCCUACGUCGUGUCGAAGAACGUUUCACUAAGAGUAAGACGCUAUCUUUAAUCCAAUCCUACUCCCUACUGGACAAGCCUGAUGAAGCUAUUGAAAAAGUUUUCAAUGCUUAUCCUGCUGCUAAGGAACAGUUCUUGAAUGCACAAGAUAUUGAUCACUUUUUGAGCAUGUGUCAAAAUCCAAUGCAAAAGCCUGUGCCAUUUGUCCCAGUUUUAGAUCGUAGAUUCGAGAUUUUCUUCAAAAAGGAUUCCUUGUGGCAAUCUGAACACUUGGAAGCCGUCGUUGAUCAGGACGUUCAAAGAACGUGUAUCUUGCAUGGUCCUGUUGCAGCCCAAUUCACUAAGGUCAUCGAUGAACCAAUUAAAAGCAUUAUGGAUGGUAUUCAUGAUGGUCACAUCAAGAAGUUGUUGCAUCAAUAUUACGGUGACGAUGAAACGAAGAUUCCAGCUGUUGAGUACUUCGGUGGUGAAAGCCCCGUGGACGUACAAAGCCAAGUUGAUUCUUCCUCUGUAUCCGAAGACUCAGCUAUUUUCAAGGCAACCUCUUCCACCGAUGAGGAAAGCUGGUUCAAGGCUUUGGCCGGAUCCGAAAUUAACUGGAGACACGCAAGUUUCUUAUGUUCCUUCAUCACUCAAGAUAAAAUGUUUGUUUCUAACCCAAUUAGAAAAGUUUUUAAGCCAAGCCAAGGUAUGGUUGUUGAAAUUUCUAACGGCAAUACUUCUUCAAAGACAGUUGUCACUCUUUCAGAACCUGUUCAAGGUGAAUUGAAACCAACUGUUGUAUUAAAGUUGUUGAAGGAUAGCAUGAUCCAAAUGGAAAUGAUUGAAAACAGGACAAUGGAUGGUGAGCCUGUCAGCUUGCCACUGUUGUACAAUUUCAACCCAGAUAAUGGUUUUGCUCCAAUCUCUGAAGUUAUGGAAGACAGAAACCAAAGAAUUAAGGAAAUGUACUGGAAAUUAUGGAUUGAUGAGCCUUUCAAUUUGGACUUCGACCCAAGAGAUGUCAUUAAGGGCAAAGAUUUCGAGAUUACUGCCAAGGAAGUUUAUGACUUUACACAUGCUGUUGGCAACAAUUGUGAAGAUUUUGUUUCUAGACCUGAUAGAACGGUGUUGGCCCCAAUGGACUUUGCUAUUGUUGUUGGAUGGAGAGCCAUCAUUAAGGCCAUUUUCCCUAACACAGUCGAUGGUGACUUAUUGAAGUUAGUUCAUUUGUCUAACGGUUACAAGAUGAUUCCUGGCGCUAAACCAUUGCAAGUUGGUGAUGUUGUUUCAACUACAGCCGUUAUUGAAUCUGUCGUCAACCAACCUACAGGAAAGAUUGUCGAUGUUGUGGGCACUUUAUCCAGAAACGGUAAGCCAGUCAUGGAAGUUACCUCCUCAUUCUUCUACAGAGGCAACUAUACUGACUUUGAAAACACUUUCCAAAAAACUGUUGAACCUGUUUAUCAAAUGCAUAUCAAAACUUCUAAAGAUAUAGCCGUCUUGCGCUCCAAGGAAUGGUUCCAAUUGGACGAUGAAGAUUUCGAACUGUUAAACAAAACUUUGACUUUUGAAACUGAAACUGAAGUUACUUUCAAGAAUGCUAACAUAUUCUCUUCAGUAAAGUGUUUCGGUCCAAUCAAAGUGGAAUUGCCUACCAAAGAAACCGUGGAAAUCGGUAUUGUUGAUUAUGAAGCUGGUGCUUCUCAUGGUAACCCAGUGGUUGACUUCUUGAAGAGAAACGGUUCUACUUUGGAACAAAAGGUUAAUCUAGAGAAUCCAAUUCCAAUUGCAGUUCUUGAUUCAUACACUCCAAGUACCAAUGAACCUUACGCUAGAGUUUCUGGUGAUUUGAACCCAAUUCAUGUUUCACGUCAUUUUGCUUCUUACGCAAACUUGCCAGGCACUAUCACGCAUGGUAUGUUUUCUUCUGCCUCCGUCCGUGCUUUGAUUGAAAACUGGGCUGCUGACAGUGUUUCCUCCAGGGUACGCGGUUAUACUUGUCAAUUUGUUGAUAUGGUUUUGCCUAACACUGCUUUGAAAACAUCUAUUCAACAUGUUGGUAUGAUCAACGGUAGAAAAUUGAUAAAGUUCGAAACUAGAAAUGAAGGAGACGUUGUUGUUCUGACUGGUGAAGCCGAAAUCGAACAACCUGUUACUACAUUUGUUUUCACUGGUCAAGGUUCACAAGAACAAGGUAUGGGUAUGGACUUAUACAAAACUUCUAAGGCUGCUCAAGAUGUUUGGAACAGAGCUGACAACCACUUCAAGAACACUUACGGUUUCUCUAUCCUAGACAUUGUCAUUAACAACCCAGUUAACUUGACCAUUCACUUCGGUGGUGAAAAGGGUAAGAAGAUUAGAGAAAACUAUUCUGCUAUGAUUUUUGAAACUAUCGUGGAUGGAAAAUUGAAGACUGAAAAAAUCUUUAAAGAAAUUAAUGAACACAGUACUUCUUACACAUUCAGAUCCGAAAAAGGUUUGCUGUCUGCUACUCAAUUCACACAACCAGCGUUGACUUUAAUGGAAAAAGCUGCCUUCGAAGACUUGAAAUCUAAAGGUUUGAUUCCAGCUGACGCCACUUUUGCUGGUCACUCUUUAGGUGAAUAUGCUGCUUUAGCCUCUUUGGCUGAUGUCAUGUCUAUCGAAUCUUUAGUUGAAGUUGUGUUCUACAGAGGUAUGACUAUGCAAGUUGCCGUUCCAAGGGACGAGUUGGGUAGAUCCAACUAUGGUAUGAUUGCCAUUAACCCAGGUAGAGUCGCUACAUCAUUUUCUCAAGAAGCCUUGCAAUAUGUUGUUGAGAGAGUGGGUAAGAGAACAGGUUGGUUGGUUGAAAUCGUCAACUACAAUGUUGAAAAUCAACAAUAUGUUGCAGCUGGUGAUCUAAGAGCUUUAGACACCGUUACUAAUGUUCUGAACUUCAUCAAAUUACAAAAGAUUGAUAUUAUUGAACUGCAGAAGUCCUUGUCUUUGGAAGAAGUUGAAGGCCAUUUGUUUGAGAUCAUUGACGAAGCUUCCAAGAAAUCUGCCGCUAAGCCUCGCCCAGUUAAAUUGGAGAGAGGGUUUGCUUGUAUCCCAUUACUUGGUAUUUCUGUUCCUUUCCAUUCUACUUACUUGAUGAAUGGUGUCAAACCAUUCAAGAGUUUCUUGAAGAAGAACAUCAUAAAAGAAAAUGUGAAGGUUGCUAGACUGGCCGGAAAGUAUAUUCCAAACUUAACUGCAAAACCAUUCCAAGUCACUAAGGAAUACUUCCAGGACGUUUAUGAUUUGACUGGCUCUGAACCUAUCAAGGAGAUCAUUGACAAUUGGGAAAAAUAUGAACAAUCCUGA